UCGAAGUUUCGGUCGUUGCCGUUGUCUACAGGUCGGUCUGUAGUGCUUGUAGUGUCAGUGUUUGUUUUUGGGAUUGUGGACCCCUGGAGGGAUUUAACCCUAGGAAGGAUUAAGGAUCUGGUUUGGAGUGUGUCGCGCCGGAUUAAGUUGGAUUAUCUUCCUGAGUUCUACGGAAAAAGGGUAGAAACGAGGAAGGAGCGUGAAGAUUGACAGUGAAGAAACGAAAACUGUGAGUUUCCAGAAAGGAAUACCGAGAAGAGAGCUAGUAGAAUCGUUGUGCAAGAAAUCGUUGGCUUAAUUGGGAAGUGAAUUAAAAUCACGAUUGUAUCAUUAAAACUUGGCCAGAAACCCUCGCUCAGCUUAAUAGAAAAGAAGAUAAUUCGAGCUGCUCUAGUGAAGAUGAAAUCACCGCUCGGCACGACGACGACGACGACAGGUAGUAGUGGAGGCUGCAGCCAGGGGCUCGGCCACCAUGACUAGGUGUGAAAUUCAAUACGACACGGUGUGACUGGGACGGGUUUGUCAACAUGAAACCGAUCACGUUCGAAUCGAUCCGGAAUCUGCUGAAAACCAAAAAGCAGAAAAAAGACAAAUCCAGCAUCGAUCAGAGCUUCAAGCGGAGCGAUUCGUUCAAGCGGAUCAGCAUCCGGAAGAGCUACCUCGAGCGGGGCCGGAAGCGCAAUGCUGCGGCAGUGCUGCGAAGUUCCACCAAGAACAACUUGGUCAACAUCACCGAGUUUGAGGACCAGGCCAAGCUGGUCAAGCAGCCGGAAAAGGUAGGGAAAGCUUCGGGAAGUGGCAAAAAUGAAGCCGCAAGUAGCUCGAAAGAUCCCCGGCCGAUCCACGAGCUGUCGUUCGAGGAGAAGCUCGAGUCCAACGAUGCUUCGCUGGACGAGAAGAUCCGUGCCCUGCAGGAGAUCAACGAUCGCUACAUUAGCGAGAACCAAAACCUUGUCGAACAAAGCUUCGAGUCUACCAAGCAGGUCGAGAAGAUCAAGAUCAAGAAACCACCGAGACCCUCGAAGCAGGGCAUCAAGAAGCCACGCGAACCCGAACCAACUUCCACCGUCAAUGAUCUCAAAUCGAAGAGCACGGAAUCGCUCAACACACUUCCACCGAACGAGCCGCUCGAUCCGAACAGCCGCGCCAAAAACAUAUCCCACGUAAACAUCAACGCGGCUGAUGUGAUCCCCGAAGAAGACGAAAGUACCAUCUACUCCUACGAACCGGAAAGCCAAACCAACACCCGCAGAACGGACGAUGCCGACGACAAGUCCUUCUACAGCAUCAGUACCUUCACGAUCGAGAGCAACACCCUCAACAACACCAACCUCUCCUCGAAAAAGUCCUUCCGCAGCAGCUUCAGCACAGCCGCCCCCACCAAGGAACUCCCCACGCUCGUCACCAUCAAAACGUACUGCGAGCCCAACUCGUCCGUACAAUCCACCACGCACGUCAACGAAAAGUACCUGGAAACCAGCUUCGACAGCUACCCGGAAAACACCCUCCCGAAAGAUGUCCCCAAGCUCAUCGUCCCCAAAUCAUCCAGCCUGAGCAAAUCAAUCCCCGCCAAGGCCAGUAUCGACACCAAAACCUCUUCGCUGAAGGACGUUCGGCCGAAGAUCAACACGCAAACGUUCAAGAUGAUCCGCAGCAAGUCGCGCGAAGGGAUCGUCAUCCGGAUCCCUGCGAUCGACCCGCCCGACACGCUGGACAAGACUGAACUGGGCAAAGAAGACGGGACGGACAAUCUGAACCGACAGCUCAGCAACGACUCAGCGCUGGAUCUGAUCGACGUGGACAUCAAGGUGGACGAGAAGGACAUGCAGUGCAGCACGGUGGAGCUGAAGAACCAAAAGAACAAGUACAAAAAGAAGGUUAAGAAGAGUGCGGGGAAGACGGCCACGUUGGACAUUGAGGACUGUCGGAAUCAUACGUUCAAGAGUCACGAGAACUUUGAGCUGGAGCGGGGGAGUUGCUCAAAGGAACGGGUGGAGCCCAAGUUUAUCUUUCCGAGCAAUUACUUCGAGGAGGAGAACAACAUAUUCUACGAUCAGACGGUGUACGACGAAACAGAGUUGCCUCCGUCGCCGGAGAACAGCAUUCCGUACGCGUUGCGGAUCAAGGAGAAUCCGUUCACGAAGAACAAGGAGUUUUACUCGAUCAAUACGGGGCGGAUAUGGAAGCAGCUGAAUUUGGGACAGGAAGAGGAUCUAUCGAUUCUUUCAGCCGCUCCGCGGCUACCCGUUCCCAAAACCAAGAACGAAUCGUUCAAGUCGAUGUCCUCCAGAGAUUCCGGCUUCAGCUUGACGCUAACAAAGCCGAAGAAUCUGUUCCGCCGGAAGUCGAAGAAAGCGACUCUGCUCCAGCGGAGGAAGCCGAAGCUGGCGGUCAGCAAAGACGGCUACUUCAAGCGCGUGAUGGUCGUCCAACGGAACUCUUCCAAGCGGAAGCGAUCGAUGCGGAAAGCUCGCAUGCAAAGCAAAGACAUCUUCCGCGAGCUGUACGAUGAAAACUGGGUCAAACUGGGUGACGAAAGUGAGGAACCUCCGGCGCCGGAUUUCGCCCGGGAUUUCGAAAACUUCUGCAAUAACAGACGCUACAACCAGGAGAUGCACGACCUGGAAGCGUUCUACGAGGAACAUCUCAAAAGACUGCGGCAUUACUACAUCCAGAAGAAGAAGAUGAACGAAGCAGCGAUCAAGGAAUUCUAUCGAGACUACAACGGAGAGGAGCUCGAGGAUGACAACGACUACUACGAUUCCUUUAUAGCAACCCGCAACGAAACGAUCCGAUUCAAGAACAACAUCCAGAAAAAGUACUUUCAGGAAAAGGAAGCGGAAACGUCGCUGGAGUUUAUGUUUCCGCAUCCGGACAAGCGGAAAGCUGCAGCUGGAGCCGGUGGCAAGCAAAAAGCAGGCAAAGCCGCCCCCAAGAAGCACCUAUUCCACGAGGUUCGCCCAUUCGGAAGCGCUGUGGAACCACUGACCGGGUUGGAACUGUGCGACGAUGUCUCGGAAGUGGGUCACGAGCAGCUGCGCAAAUUUCGACGACCUUCGGACGUAAACUUUCAACUUCUGGCAUCGCCAAUAGUGAAAGCAGUUGAACAUCGCGCCGCGACGUCCACGCUGGAUGUGAGCUCGGAUCAGCUGAAGAACGGCAAGAAGCAACAAGAAGGUCAAGUGCACGAGAUCUCGCUGGCGAACGUAUUUCCGUCCGUGGACGGAAAACCGGCUAAAUCUUCCGGCGGCGUCAACCAAGCGCAAGAAGAAGACGAUGACGACGAUGACGAAGAGUUCAGUGAAAAUGAAUUUCUAAUUAAUAGUAUCGGGGAAAACUUGUACUGCUUGCGGUGCGACAAGGUGAACAGUGAUUGCGAAUGUUACGAUGACACGACGGAAACGGCCAAUGACAACAGCAACGGCAAUGACGAAGAAGAGGAAGAGGGGGAGGACGGUCGGGGUGCGGGGACGACCGGCGAGGGGGAGGAACUAGAUGACGACGAUGAAAAUUAUUGUGAUGUGUACGACGGUAACGAUAUCAAUAUUGUGCACGUGAAUCAUAAGAAAAAAGUGAAGAGGAAAAAAUCGAAAAAGCGAGUCCGGAAAAACCAUUCAACCUUGCGGCGCGGCAACUACUGGGGCGACAUCACACAGAAAGGAUACGAGAAGAAGAGAACGCGACUGUUGCAGCCAUAUUUAGCCAAAAAUGCACAACAAGGUGGUGGUGGUGGCAAUAAUCCAGGCUAUGUAAAUGACAUCCAAUCGCACCUGCACCAUCCUUCGGCCCAGCAGAAGCAGAACAUCUUUGCCUCCUCCGGCAGUGGUGGUGGAGGAGGGGGCGGAGGAGGAGGAGGAGGCGGUGGUGGAGGUAGUAGGGAACGCAAUGACCGCUCCGGAAGUGGCCAUCAUCACCAGCAACAGCAACAGCAUCAGCAACUUCAACAGAACCGAACCCGACGCAGCACCCAGCGAAGGGUCACUCACAAUGAGAAACGAUACCAUUCAGCUGCUGGACGGCCAGACGUGCAUCCGGACGAGCUGCUGCUCAGCAGCCGACAUCACCUACUCUCGUCGACUACCUCAUCGGGAUCGUCCUGCAGCGACCAGCAAAUGCCGCCGCCGCCAUUGCGAAAAGACGUGCCAUCGCUAUGUACCAACUUCGGUAACCUAGCCCUACACUCGCCGGCGAUCGUGGCUGCCGCGGCCGCCCUAGCCAAAUCCCCGUCCAAAACGACCCAUAUCGGGGGUCCAGCGGUGGUCGUCCAUGACCCGCCCAUAAUCAUGGAACCCGUGGUCAUGCGACAAAAGACCCAAAAUCCACAACAACAGCAGUAUUUACGGCAUCAGCCGCCGCAGGUGGUGGCCUCGGCGGCUGGCAAUACGGUCCAACAGCCGCCACCACCGCUCGAAACCAAUUUCGACCGAACAAGUAAUGACCAAGCGCCCCCUUCCGGCGGCAACAAUAGUAGAAAUAAUAGAAGAAUCGGACGACACGAGAGUCGUUACACCAGUGAAGUGCGCCAGGAAGCUGUACAGCAAGCACUAGCUGCAUUAAAAAAUCGCCCCAAACCUAGCUUACCAAUGCCAUCCAAGCGCAGCUCCGUGCUCAAUCGUAGUCCCGAGCGCGAUCAUGACGAAUCAGAUUCCAGCACGGAAGACGAGUCCAUUCCGGAGGAGGGCAUGAUCGGCGGCCGGAUAUCGACGCCCGAUCGGGACAACUACAACCUGCCCCGCGAUCACAUUCUGGGCCGGGAGCCGAUGAAGCUGCCCUCAACCCGCGAUCACCAUCACUCGAGCCAGCAGAACAAGCAGCAAAGCCAACCGGCGCCGAUCGAGCGACGACCUCCGCAGAGCAUACCAACCCAAAACACCCAACAUGCCACCCUGUCGGACACGUCGAGUGCGGGAUCGCCGCCGGCCGCUCACCGGACGUACUACAACCAGAAGAACAGCUACGACAUCACCGACAUCUCCGAGUAUCAGCAGCGACCGUACGCCGCUCCGGACAUCACCCAGUUCAGUGCCAACACGCGCCGCGGUGCCGAUCGUGUCACGCGGUACGUCAAUCUCGCGAAUCAGGAGCCCGGAGAUACCAGCACUGCCGGCCGGUGGAAGGUUUCGGCCAAGAUCCAGCAGCUGCUGAACACGUUGAAGAGGCCAAAGCGGCGACCACUGCCGGAGUUCUACGAGGACAACGACAUCGAGCUGGAAAUCGCCGCCAACCCGAAGGAUCCCAACGCGCCCAAACCCGAGGGUAGCCUCAUGACCCCGGUCCAGGGCGAACAGCUGAUCGUGCCCUCGGGACUGCCACGGACGCUGGAGGCGGCCCUGCAGCGGUACGGCACCAGCUCGUUCAAGGCCCCCAUGGCGACGGUGCUGGACCCCAACGGGAAGAUGACAACGACGCUGACCUACGGCAAGCUGUUGUCCCGAGCACAAAAAAUCGCGUACGCCCUCUCCACCAAAGUGUUCAGCAAGGGACCGGAACAGAUAUCGCUCAAACCGGGCGAUCGCGUCGCGCUCGUCUACCCCAACAGUGACCCGCUGAGUUUCCUGACCGCGUGGUACGGUUGCAUGUUCCGCGGCCUGGUCCCGCUGCCGAUCGAGCUACCUCUGUCCAGUUCGGACUCGCCGCCCCAGCAGGUGGGCUUCCUGCUAAGUUCCUGCGGCGUGCAGGUCGCGCUCACCUCCGAGGCGUGCCUCAAGGGCCUGCCCAAAUCGUCCACCGGCGAGGUGGCCAAGCUCAAGGGGUGGCCCCGGUUGCACUGGUUCGUGACCGAGCACCUGCCCAAGGUCCCGAAGGACUUCAACACGAACAAUAACCGCAUCAGCGACGACUCGACCGCCUACAUCGAGUACACCACGGACAAGGAGGGCAGCGUGAUGGGCGUCACGGUGACCCGCCAGUCGAUGAUCAACCACUGCCGGGCGCUGACCAUGGCCUGUCACUACACUGAGGGGGAGACGAUCGUGUGCGUGCUGGACUUUAAGCGGGAAGUUGGCCUCUGGCACAGCAUCCUGACGUCGGUGCUGAACGGGAUGCACGUGCUGUUCAUUCCGUACGCACUGAUGAAGCUCAAACCAUCGUCGUGGAUGCAGCUGAUCACCAAGUACCGCGCCUCGUGCUGUCUGGUCAAGAGCCGCGAUCUGCACUGGGGCCUGCUGGCGACCAAAGAUCACAAGGAAAUCUCGCUGGCGUCGCUCCGGAUGCUGCUCGUCGCGGACGGUGCCAACCCGUGGUCGCUGUCCAGCUGUGACCAGUUCCUGAGCGUGUUCCAGUCCAAGGGGCUGCGAGCGGACGCGAUCUGUCCGUGCGCGAGCAGCUCGGAGGUGUUUACGGUGUCGCUGCGACGACCGGGACGUUCCGCCGGAGGGUACAACCAGUCGGCUACGGGUCGCGGGGUGCUUUCGAUGGCGGCUCUUUCGCAUGGCGUCGUGCGGGUCGACAGUGAGGAUUCGCUAACGUCGCUGACGCUGCAGGACUGCGGACAGGUUAUGCCGAGUGCUACAAUGGUUGUGGUGAACGCCGAAGGUCCUCCGGUGCUAUGCAAGACCGAUCAGGUUGGUGAAAUCUGCGUCACGUCCGGAUCUACCGGGACAACCUACUACGGCUUGGACGGUAUGACGAACUCUACGUUCAAGGUCCUAGCGCUCAACGAGGCCCCACCGGCCAAGGAGGGUGAAGUGCAAACCCUUGGCAAGCCAAUCAGCGAAGAGAUGUACGUGCGCAGUGGACUGCUCGGCUUCCUGGGUCCGGGCGGUCUGGUGUUUGUGUGCGGAUCCCGCGACGGAUUGAUGACCGUUACGGGUCGCAAGCACAACGCCGACGACAUCAUCGCUACGGUGCUCGCGGUCGAACCGAUGCGCUUCAUCUACCGUGGCCGCAUUGCCGUGUUCAGCAUCAAGGUGCUCCGAGACGAGCGGGUCUGCGUGAUCGCCGAACAGCGACCGGACUGCUCCGAGGAGGAGUCCUUCCAGUGGAUGUCCCGGGUGCUGCAAGCGGUAGACUCGAUCCACCAGGUCGGCAUCUACUGUCUGGCGCUAGUUCCUCCGAACCAUCUUCCGAAAACACCCCUCGGAGGAAUCCACCUGACCGAGGCACGGCGGCGGUUCCUCGAAGGAUCGCUCCAUCCGGCGAACGUGCUCAUGUGUCCGCACACGUGCGUCACGAACCUGCCCAAGCCGAGGGAACUUCACCACGGUUCUAUCCAACAACUUCAAAUUUCCGGCACCACCCCGUCGUCGUCGACGUCGAUCAAUACGGCCGGCACUGGCACUGGUGGUCCGGGUCCUGCAGACGCGUCCGUCGGGCCGGCGUCGGUGAUGGUCGGCAAUCUGGUGCAGGGCAACCGGCUCGCUUCGGCCCAGGGCCGGGACAUCGGACUGGCGGACGACAACGAGCGGAAGCACCAACUCAUCACGGGCGUGCUCCGAUGGCGGGCCAACUCCUCGCCCGACCACGUGCUCUACACGCUGCUCAACUCGAAGGGUGCGGUCGCCAAGACGCUGACCUGCUCGGAGCUGCACAAGCGCGCCGAAAAGAUCGCCGCCCUGCUGCAGGAGCGCGGCAAGGUGAACCCGGGCGACCACGUGGCGCUCAUCUUCCCGCCCGGGCUGGACCUGAUCUGCGCCUUCUACGGGUGUCUGUACCUGGGCGCGAUCCCGGUCACGAUACGACCACCCCACCCGCAGAACCUCAUCACCACCCUGCCCACCGUGCGGAUGAUCGUGGACGUGAGCAAGAGCAACAUCGUCCUCUCGAUCCAGAGCAUCAUCAAGCUGCUCAAGUCGCGCGAGGCGGCCACCUCGAUCGACCCCAAGAGCUGGCCCCUCAUCCUGGACAUCGAGGACAACCCGAAGCGGAAGCUAGCUGCCAUUGCCAACAGUACCCUGGAUUCGACCGCCUAUCUGGACUUUAGUGUCUCGACCUGUGGACGGUUGAGCGGAGUCAUCAUUACACAUCGAUCUCUGUCGAGCUUGUGUGCCAGCUUGAAACUAGCCUGUGAAUUGUACCCUAGUCGCCACGUCGCCCUCUGUCUGGACCCGUACUGCGGGCUGGGCUUCUCGAUGUGGACACUGAUCAGCGUGUACAGCGGCCAUCACUCGAUCCUGAUAGCACCGUACGAGGUCGAAGCCAACCCGAGCUUGUGGCUGAGUACGCUAUCGCAGUACCGCGUGCGGGACACGUUCUGCUCGUACGGAGUGAUCGAGCUGUGCACGAAGGCGCUGAGCAAUUCGAUCCAGAUGCUCAAGCAGCGCAACGUCAACCUGGGUUGUGUGCGGACGUGCGUCGUGGUCGCCGAGGAGCGACCCCGCGUCCAGCUGACGCAACAGUUCUGCAAACUGUUCCAGGCGUUGGGACUGAACACGCGCUGCGUGUCCACCUCGUUCGGAUGUCGCGUCAACCCGGCGAUCUGCGUGCAAGGUGCUAGCUCGGCCGAGAGCGCUCAGGUUUACGUGGAUCUGCGGGCACUCCGUAACAACCGGGUCGCGCUGGUUGAGCGAGGUGCUCCGAACUCGCUGUGUUUGGUCGAGUCCGGCAAGCUGCUGCCGGGCGUGAAGGUCAUCAUCGCCAAUCCGGACUCCAAGGGUCAGUGCGGUGAUUCCCAUUUGGGAGAGAUUUGGGUACAAUCGCCCCACAACUCGAACGGCUACUUCACGAUCUACGGCGACGAGACGGACUACAACGACCACUUCACGGCCAAGCUCGUCACCGGGUGCAGCAUCAGCGAGUCGUGGGCCCGCACCGGCUAUCUGGGCUUCCUGCGGCGCACCGAGUGCUCCCAGGCCGGCUCGAUACUGGACGAGACGACGCCGAGCAUCGCGAGCCGCGACUCGGACACCGAGUCGAUCCACUCUCAGGGUCACAACACGCUCAACUCCACGACGAGCUCGAACGCGGCCAACACCACAAUCGCCGCCGGCGUCAGCGGAAACGAUCAGGAGUUGCACGACGCGGUCUACAUUGUGGGCGCUUUGGAUGAGGUCAUCACCCUGCGGGGCAUGUACUACCAUCCGAUCGACAUCGAGAACUCGGUGCUGCGGUGCCACAAGAAGAUCGCCGAGUGUGCGGUGUUUACGUGGACGAACCUGCUCGUGGUGGUGGUCGAGCUGGACGGCAACGAGUCGGAGGCGCUCGAUCUGGUGCCGCUGGUGACGAACACGGUGCUCGAGGAGCACCAGCUUAUUGUCGGGGUGGUCGUGGUGGUGGAUCCGGGGGUGGUUCCCAUCAACAGCCGGGGCGAAAAGCAGCGGAUGCACCUCCGGGAUGGCUUCCUCGCGGACCAGCUGGACCCGAUCUACGUUGCGUACAACAUGUAAACUGGCCCCCCCACCCACAGUUAAAUAACGUGGCCAAGCUAAAGCGAAAGCGUGUGAUCCGUGCCUCCUUACUUGUUAGCCUUUUUAGGGUGAUGCUGUCUUUUGAGGCAGCGUGUGAUAUAAACAAAAAGAGAGAGAAAGAGAGCGAGAGGAAACAUCAACGCACAUCACGAAACAAACAAA